GGACCAGUUCCUUGCCCUCUCCCCCACUGACCUCACUGUUGACCUCCUCGAGAAGGACCUCCUAGCAGCUGAGAAAAGCAUUGUAGCUGUAGGUGCCUCUCGUGGCGACCCCCGCACCCCCUUCUUUGAGGGGUGCUCCCCCUCCCCCCUCCUCCCCUCCAUUGCAUCUGCUGCUGCUGUCGGCUACCUCGGAGCUGAGGGAGUCGGGGCUGCGUCUGCUCCCAGUGGGAGACGCAAGGGCGGCAGGGGCAAGGGGGGCAGGGGUGGUGGAGGUGGACGAGGGGGCGGCGGCAGUGGAGGGGGUGGGGUGGGCGGGGGUGGUGGCGGGGGUGGGAGUGGCGCAGGUGGUGGGGGGGGCAGUGGCGGCACAGGGGGUGGUGGCGGUGGCGGUGGUGGGGGUGGUGGGGGCGGUGGGGGCGGUGGAGGCAGUGGUGGCGGUGGUGGAGCGGUGCAGCGUGGGGGGUUCGGCGGCGGCCAGAGGCAGCAGCAGCAGACUCCCUCGCCCCAGCAACUCCGUGAGUGGUACUCUCAGCGUGGGGGGUCUGGGGGGGGAGGUACCUGCCCGUACGUCAUCCGCACAGGUGACCGCACUGGCCAGACCUGUGGGAGGUUCCACACGGAGCAGCGCUGCUUCUUUCGUCUUGACGACGCCUGGCGUGCGCAGUUUCCUGACGCCACUGAGCUGCCCCGCUGGGCUGACCUGCUUAGGAAGAACAUUGAUAUCUUUGCUCUUGACUUUGAUGCUAUCCUUGGUGCCAUGUAUGCAUUGACUAUUAGUGUUGAGGGUGACUGUUACCUGAGUGUACCGCCAGACCCUGGCAUUGGGACCAGUGAGACAGCUCCUCCAGGUGCUAGUGCGUCUGCUCCCCUAGGUCCUGGUGAGGCUACUGCUCUUGGUGCCAGUGCGUCUGCUGCCCUAGGUCCUGGUGAGGCUGCUGCUCUUGGUGCUAGUGCGUCUGCUCCCCCAGGUGCUAGUACGUCUGCGCUUGCUGGUACUGCGUCCACUGAGGCACUGCACACCUUCACACUCGACUCGGGUGCUUCCCGCUGCUUCUUCCGUGACCGCACUGCCCUUGAGCAGCUAGCUCGGCCGGUUGCUGUCUCUCUCGCUGACCCCUCUGGGGGCCCGGUCAUUGCGACCUCCUCCACUGUCCUCCCUUGUCCUGCGGUCCCGUCCGGCACCCUGUCGGGCCUUUACCUCCCCUCGUUCUCUACGAACUUGGUGGCGGGCUCUGCUCUUCAGGAUGGGGGUGUUCACCAGUUCACCCCUGCCUAUGAGCGUGUGACCCACUGUACGUGUGCUAGGACAGGUCGCCACCUAGCUACCUUCACUCGGCAGCCGGGGUCGGACCUGUACACACUGACCACUGAGUCCCCUCAGGUAGCUGCGUCAGCGUCUGCGUCAGGUCAGCUGUCGGCCCCCUGCUCGUGUCGCUCCCUGUCACACCAGACCGUUCUCUGGCACCACCGUCUUGGUCACCCGUCAGUGCAGCGCCUUCGUGGCAUGCACUCCCGGUACCUUGUCUCUGGUCUUCCCAGGGUUCUCCCUCCCCUCCCACCCUCGCCUGCUCCUCCCUGUCUUCCCUGCGUCGAGGGGCGGCAGCGCGCCGCUCCUCACUCCUCCUCGUUCCCUCCCACAGAGGCUCCUCUGCAGACUCUCCACCUGGACGUGUGGGGCCCAGCCCGCGUCCGUGGACAGGGCCACGAGCGGUACUUCCUGCUGGUUGUCGACGACUACACGCGCUACACCACGGUCUUCCCCUUGCGCACCAAGGGUGAGGUCCCUGAUGUUUUGAUCCCCUGGAUCCGCGCUGCUCGUCUCCAGCUCCGCGACCGGUUCCAGUCGGACUUUCCCGUCCUGCGUCUGCACUCUGACCGAGGUGGUGAGUUCUCCUCUGACCUCCUGGCAGCCUACUGUGCGGAGCACGGCAUCCGCCAGACUUUCACGCUUCCGGCCUCUCCUCAGCAGAAUGGGGUUGCUGAGCGCCGCAUUGGCUUGGUCAUGGAGAUCGCUCGUACCUCCUUGAUCCAUGCGGCUGCCCCCCAUUUUCUGUGGCCGUUUGCGGUCCAGUACGCUGCGCAUCAGCUCAACCUCUGGCCCCGUGUCUCCGCUCCGGAGACCUCGCCCACACUGCUGUGGACGGGGCAGGUUGGCGAUGCGUCGCGUUUCCGUGUCUGGGGUGCUCGUUCCUUUGUCCGUGAUACCACUGCGGACAAGCUCUCCGCCCGCGCUGUGCCUUGUGUCUUCCUUGGCUUUGUCCCCGACGCACCUGGUUGGCGGUUUUACCACCCCACCUCGCGCCGUGUCUUUGCGUCUCAGGACGUCACCUUUGACGAGUCGGUACCCUUCUACCGUCUGUUCCCCUACCGUACUGCUCCUCUCCCCCCCCCGCCUCUCUUCCUCACCCCAGGUGCCCCUCCGGUAGACCCCCUCCCUCCCCAGGGUCCUGCUCCCUCCGGUGUUUCCCUGGUAGACGCAGUCGAGCCUGUCGAGGUAGCUGUUGACUCUGGUCCUGAGCGGGGUACUGAGCCUGGGGGCACUGAGACUGGGGGUGCUGAGCCUGGGGGCACUGAGACUGGGGGUGCUGAGCCUGGGGGUGCUGCGACUGGGGGUGCUGAGCCUGGGGGUGCUGCGACUGGGGGUGCUGAGCCUGGGGGUGCUGUGACUGGGGGUGCUGCGCCUUGGGGUGCUGCGACUUGGGGUGCUGAGCCUCGGGGUGCUGAGCCUGGGGGUGGUGACCCUGCUGGUGCUCCCUCUCCACAGCGACUACGUGAGUGGUACGCUCGGCGCUGCGGCCUCCGGAGUGGAGCCCCUCGUUUUGAGUUACCCCCUGCUGGAGGUACUGGAGCUACUGGAGGUGCUUCUGGUGCUGCUGGUGCUACUGGAGGUUCUGGAGCUGCGGGCGGUGCUGCCGGUGCUGCUGGAGGUACUGGGGCUGCUGGAGGUGCUGCUGGUGCUGCUGGAGGUACUGGUGCUGCUGGCGGUGCUGCUGGUGCUGGUGGAGGUACUGGAGCUGCUGGAGGUGCUGCUGGGGGUACUGGAGCUGCUGUAGCUCCUAGUGGUGCUCCUAGUCCUGGGACUGGUGGUGCUGCUGUCGCUGGUACUACUGGAGGUCCUGGGGUUGGCACUCCUGGAGGUGCUACUGGUGCUGCGGGAGCUGGAGCUACUGCUGGAGGUUCUGGUGCUGUCUCUGCUGGUUCUGGGGGAGCGUCACGGCCGCGGCCGUACUUCGUUCCGCUUCUUCGGCAGGUUCUUGGUCAGCCGCCUCCUCCUUGUCCUGCUCCCUCCUUAGGGUGUCCUUCGCCUGUCCGACCACAGUCGCAGUUCCAGCCCACCUCACCUCUUCCUGGUCCUUCUCCCUACACUGGUCCGACAGGAGGUCUUACAGAGCGUCGUGAGCCUGAGUCUCGUCCUGUGUCACCUGAGUCUCGUUCUGCGUCACCUGUUCGUGCUGCUCGCCCUAGUCGUCGUGUCCCGCGUCAGCGUCCUCCUGCUGUCCCCGGCACUCACCCGAUGCUACUUCGACUUUCCACUGCUCCACGGCGUGUCCCUCUUCCUUCUCCUCCUGCGUCCUCCCUUCCUGCCCCUGCUGACCCAGAGUCUGACUCUCUUCGUGCUGCUAGUCCUACUGUCGCGCGUCUCCUGUCCACAGUUGUCACUGACCCUUCCUUUGAGUCAGCUGCUGCGUCUGCCUUAGUCACUGAGCUUGUUGACUUUGCUGCUCACUGUAAACUAGACUACGCUGCCGGUCUUGUUGCUGAGUCUGAGUCUGUCUGUCCUCCGUCCGUCGGGGGUGAGUGUGCUCUUGGCACGGACGUUCUUGAGGACAGGCAGGAGGAGUUUGAGUGCUUUGCCGCCGCUGUACCUCAUCUCGUGUCCAUGCUGAUUGCACCUGAGGGAGACCCGGAUGCUCCAGACAUCCCGACCCCGCGCUCUUACGCUGAGGCGAUCGCGGGUGAGUACUCCUCUCAGUGGCAGUCAGCCAUGGAUGCAGAGAUGGCAUCCUGGAAGUCCACAGGCACUUACGUCGACGAGGUUCCCCCUCCUGGGGCGAACAUCGUCAGUGGCAUGUGGAUUUUCAGGGUGAAGCGGCCGCCAGGUUCUCCGCCUGUCUUCAAGGCUCGGUACGUCGCUCGAGGCUUCAGUCAGCGAGAGGGAGUAGACUUCUUUCAGACCUUCUCCCCCACCCCGAAGAUGACCACUCUUCGGGUGCUGCUGCACGUUGCCGCUCAGCGUGACUACGAGCUUCACUCUCUUGACUUCAGCACAGCUUUCUUGCAGGGCAGUCUGCACGAGGAGAUCUGGCUGCGCCGUCCACCUGGCUUCACUGGGUCGUUUCCUCCUGGUACCCAGUGGAGCCUCCGGCGGCCGGUCUACGGUCUCCGCCAGGCUCCACGUGAGUGGCACGACACACUGAGGACUACACUUGCGGCUCUUGGGUUCUCGUCUUCUACUGCUGACCCGUCUCUGUUCCUGCGCACCGACACUUCACUGCCGCCGUUCUACAUCCUCGUGUACGUCGACGACUUGGUCUUUGCCACUGCUGACACUGAGGCUCUCGCCCACGUGAAGUCGGAGCUGCAGAAGAGACACACGUGCACAGACCUGGGUGAACUGACAAGCUAUCUUGGCUUGCGGAUCACCCGGGACAGAGCACGCCGCACCAUCACACUGACUCAGUCACACAUGGUGCAGCAGGUUCUUCAGCGCUUCGGCUUCACCUGGUCCUCAGCACAGGCCACUCCUCUGGCUAUAGGUCACUCGCUCUCAGCUCUGCCUUCGGAUGAGUCCGUAGAGCCUAGUGGUCCUUACCCAGAGCUAGUUGGUUGCCUCAUGUACCUGAUGACUUGCACUCGUCCUGACCUAGCAUACCCUCUUGGCCUUCUGGCCCGCUACGUGGCUCCUGGCAGGCACCGAAAGGUGCACUGGGAUGCUGCAAAGAGGGUAUUGCGCUACUUGUGCAGUACAUCGGGCAUGGGGCUCGUGCUUGGAGGGAGGCGCUCAGUUGUUCUCACUGGGCACCCAGACGCUUCUUGGGUUGACGACCAGGCUACUCAGCGGUCGUCACAGGGUUACACCUUCAGCCUUGGCUCUGGUUCAGUUUCUUGGCGUUCUACUCGCUCGUCUUCAGUUCUCAGCUCCAGCUGUGAGGCUAAGAUCUACGCCACAGCCAUGGCUGCACAGGAGUUACGCUGGCUGACCUACCUUCUGACUGACCUGGGAGAGCGGCCUAGUUCUCCUCCAGUGCUGUGCGUCGACAACAAGGCUGCCAUUGCCUUGUGUCAGGAGCACAGACUGGAGCACAGAACGAAGCACAUCGCUCUCCGUUACUUCCUGGCUCGAGAGCUGCAGCAGCGUGGUCAGCUUUGUCUGCGUUACGUGGCCACUCGGGCCAACACUGCUGAUAUAUUCACCAAGGCACUUCAGCCUGGUGAUCAUCAGCGCUUCUGUACUGUCCUGGGGCUUGUGCCCACUGUUCCUCACUUACUGUAG